AAAUAUACAAUCCUUGUUUUCAUACAACCAAUACAAUAUACAAAAUCCGUGUCCUGCGUUCCCCUAUUUGUUGAAACCAACAGACUUUACAAGCAUUGACGAAUGGAGGCAAGUUACCAACGACGCCGCCUGGCGAAGAGUUUGGACAACACGAUCAAUUUUUACAUCAGGAUGAAGAGCAGCAACAACACGUGCAGCGAGAAAACGAUUACCUUCAUCAACCACAACAACAAACAUCAUCAUCAUCAUCAUCAUCAUCAUCAUCAUCAUCAUCAUCAUCAUCAUCAUCCGAACAACCUCAUCAUCAUCAUCCGUCCGAAGAAUAUAAUGAGGAACAAUCGUCACCGCAACCAGAAGAAGAACCGCAGCAGCAAGAGGACGAGCAAAAGGAACAAGACGUCAACAUGGAAUCAUUACAUUUUCAUGAAUCAACUCAACCGGCAGAUCAAUCACUCUUACUUACGUCAGGAGGACAAGAAGCAGAUUUAUCAACGACCCAUUCUUCCAAUGUCGUUGAGAACGAAGCAGACCAACACAUACCACAAUCAAGCGGUGGAAGUGAUGUCAAGAAUGAUGAUGCAGAUGAUCAAGUAGAAGAUGAAGAGGAGCAACCACAUCAUCAGCAGCAAAGGAUAAAGAAGCCUGAAUAUUCUAUGGAUGCUGUACUGACCUUGAUGCAGCUCAACGCAGGCUGGCGUCAGUGAUGAUGAAAGAAGUUUUUCCGUUUUUUAGCAUCAUUUAGCGCCGUUCACGUUAGCCAAUAAAAUGACAUUGUGACGUAUAAGCAGAAUUUUUUUUUUGU